CUGAGAGCCUUGUGUGGAAUAAUUAGGCUCUCUGGCAUGGGACCAUUCUACAGGUAGUGCUGAAGGCUUCUCAGAUGCUUCAGGAUAUUAUCAGGGAAAUCGACUCUACAUAAACAGAAUUUAGAUAUUCUACAGGAGAGCCUUCAAAUCAUCUAGGAAGAUGGUGGCCCUGUCCUUAAAGAUAUGUGUCCGCCACUGCAACGUGGUGAAGACCAUGCAGUUCGAACCAUCUACGGCCGUGUAUGAUGCGUGUCGAGUCAUUCGGGAACGGGUACCUGAGGCACAAACUGGACAAGCUUCUGACUAUGGGCUGUUUCUCUCCGAUGAAGACCCCAGGAAAGGAAUUUGGCUGGAAGCAGGCAGAACACUGGAUUACUACAUGUUGCGAAAUGGGGAUAUUUUGGAAUAUAAAAAGAAACAGAGACCUCAGAAAAUCCGGAUGCUGGAUGGAUCUGUGAAAACAGUGAUGGUGGAUGACUCCAAGACGGUUGGGGAGCUCCUGGUUACUAUUUGCAGCAGGAUAGGAAUAACAAACUAUGAAGAAUACUCUUUAAUCCAAGAAACAAUUGAAGAAAAGAAAGAGGAAGGGACGGGUACGCUAAAAAAAGACAGGACGCUGUUACGAGAUGAGAGGAAAAUGGAGAAGUUGAAGGCUAAGCUUCACACGGAUGAUGACUUAAAUUGGCUGGAUCACAGCCGAACGUUCAGAGAACAAGGAGUAGAUGAAAACGAGACGUUGCUGCUUAGACGGAAGUUCUUUUACUCGGAUCAGAAUGUAGACUCGAGAGACCCUGUGCAGCUGAACUUGCUUUAUGUUCAGGCUCGGGACGAUAUCCUGAAUGGCUCCCACCCUGUCUCCUUCGAGAAGGCUUGUGAGUUUGGUGGAUUUCAAGCGCAGAUACAAUUUGGACCUCAUGUGGAGCACAAACACAAACCCGGAUUCCUAGAUCUAAAGGAAUUCCUGCCCAAAGAAUACAUCAAGCAGAGAGGAGCUGAAAAGAGAAUAUUUCAGGAACACAAGAACUGUGGAGAGAUGAGUGAAAUUGAAGCCAAGGUCAAGUACGUCAAACUUGCUCGGUCCCUCCGGACAUACGGUGUGUCCUUUUUCCUGGUGAAGGAAAAGAUGAAAGGCAAGAACAAGCUGGUGCCUCGCCUACUGGGGAUCACCAAAGAUUCGGUGAUGCGGGUGGAUGAGAAGACCAAGGAAGUGCUGCAGGAGUGGCCGCUCACCACGGUCAAGCGCUGGGCAGCCUCACCCAAGAGCUUCACGCUGGAUUUUGGGGAGUAUCAAGAAAGCUACUAUUCAGUACAAACCACCGAGGGAGAGCAAAUAUCCCAGCUGAUUGCAGGCUACAUUGACAUCAUCCUCAAAAAGAAACAAAGUAAAGAUCGAUUUGGACUAGAGGGUGAUGAGGAGUCAACUAUGUUAGAAGAGUCCGUUUCCCCCAAAAAGUCCACCAUCUUGCAGCAGCAGUUCAACCGGACCGGAAAGGUGGAGCAUGGCUCGGUGGCACUGCCAGCUGUGAUGCGCUCAGGCUCCAGCGGGCCCGAGACCUUCAACGUUGGCAGCAUGCCCUCGCCACAGCAGCAGGUCAUGGUUGGGCAGAUGCACCGAGGCCACAUGCCCCCACUGACCUCGGCCCAGCAGGCCCUCAUGGGGACCAUCAAUACGAGCAUGCACGCCGUCCAGCAGGCCCAGGACGACCUCAGCGAGCUUGACUCGUUGCCGCCUCUUGGCCAGGAUAUGGCGUCUAGGGUAUGGGUUCAGAAUAAAGUUGAUGAAUCCAAACACGAAAUCCACUCUCAAGUCGAUGCCAUCACAGCUGGAACAGCUUCAGUUGUUAACCUCACUGCCGGUGACCCUGCAGACACCGACUACACAGCUGUGGGAUGUGCAAUCACCACCAUUUCUUCGAACCUGACGGAGAUGUCCAAGGGUGUGAAGCUGUUGGCAGCCCUCAUGGACGAUGAAGUGGGCAGUGGGGAGGACUUGCUCAGAGCUGCAAGGACCCUUGCUGGGGCAGUAUCGGACUUGCUCAAAGCUGUGCAGCCUACUUCUGGAGAGCCUCGACAGACAGUUUUGACCGCUGCUGGAAGCAUUGGACAGGCCAGUGGGGAUCUUCUGAGACAGAUCGGAGAGAAUGAGACUGAUGAGCGAUUCCAAGACGUUUUAAUGAGCUUGGCCAAAGCUGUCGCCAAUGCCGCUGCCAUGUUGGUCCUGAAAGCAAAGAAUGUUGCCCAGGUAGCUGAAGACACGGUCCUACAGAACAGAGUAAUUGCAGCUGCCACCCAGUGCGCCCUCUCCACCUCCCAGCUUGUGGCGUGUGCCAAGGUGGUGAGCCCCACCAUCAGCUCCCCCGUGUGCCAGGAGCAGCUGAUUGAAGCAGGGAAGCUGGUAGACCGCUCGGUGGAGAACUGCGUCCGUGCCUGCCAGGCGGCCACAGAUGACAGCGAGCUCCUGAAGCAGGUCAGCGCGGCGGCCAGCGUGGUCAGCCAGGCCCUGCACGAUCUCCUGCAGCACGUGCGACAAUUUGCCAGCCGCGGCGAGCCCAUCGGCCGCUACGACCAGGCCACCGACACCAUCAUGUGUGUCACCGAGAGCAUCUUCAGCUCCAUGGGCGAUGCUGGUGAAAUGGUGCGCCAGGCCCGGGUCCUGGCCCAGGCCACAUCAGACCUCGUCAACGCCAUGAGGUCCGAUGCAGAAGCUGAAAUCGACAUGGAGAAUUCAAAGAAGCUUCUGGCAGCAGCCAAACUCUUGGCUGACUCCACCGCUCGCAUGGUCGAAGCUGCAAAGGGAGCUGCAGCCAACCCUGAAAAUGAGGACCAGCAGCAAAGACUGAGAGAAGCCGCAGAAGGUCUUCGGGUGGCCACCAAUGCUGCUGCCCAGAAUGCUAUUAAGAAAAAAAUUGUCAACCGAUUGGAGGUUGCAGCUAAGCAGGCUGCGGCUGCGGCCACGCAGACCAUCGCCGCCUCCCAGAACGCGGCUGUGUCCAACAAGAACCCCGCAGCCCAGCAGCAACUGGUUCAGAGCUGCAAGGCGGUGGCUGAUCACAUCCCUCAGCUGGUCCAGGGGGUCAGAGGGAGCCAAGCCCAAGCAGAAGACCUCAGCGCCCAGCUGGCUCUCAUCAUCUCUAGCCAGAACUUCCUCCAGGCCCAUGAAGCCUGUGGUCCUAUGGAAAUCGAUUCAGCUCUGAGCACUGUGCAGACACUUAAGAAUGAACUGCAGGAUGCCAAGAUGGCUGCCGUGGAGAGUCAGCUGAAACCACUUCCAGGGGAAACGCUGGAAAAAUGUGCUCAAGACCUGGGAAGUACAUCUAAAGCAGUGGGCUCCUCCAUGGCACAGCUCCUGACCUGUGCUGCUCAAGGCAAUGAGCACUACACAGGGGUGGCUGCUAGAGAGACGGCCCAAGCUCUGAAGACGCUGGCCCAGGCUGCCCGCGGUGUGGCUGCAUCUACUAGUGACCCCACGGCUGCACAUGCCAUGUUAGAUUCUGCCCGAGACGUGAUGGAGGGCUCAGCCAUGCUCAUCCAAGAAGCCAAGCAGGCCCUGAUAGCACCUGGAGAUGCGGAGAGUCAGCAGAGACUAGCCCAGGUGGCCAAAGCCGUCUCACACUCCUUGAAUAACUGCGUGAACUGCCUCCCCGGGCAGAAGGACGUGGACGUGGCCUUGAAGAGCAUUGGGGAGUCCAGCAAGAAGCUGCUUGUGGACUCGCUACCUCCAAGCACAAAGCCGUUCCAGGAAGCCCAAAGUGAACUGAACCAAGCAGCAGCUGACCUGAACCAGUCUGCUGGGGAAGUGGUCCAUGCCACCCGCGGCCAGAGCGGAGAGCUGGCCGCAGCCUCUGGAAAGUUCAGCGAUGAUUUCGAUGAAUUCCUUGAUGCUGGCAUUGAGAUGGCAGGCCAAGCGCAGACCAAAGAAGACCAGAUCCAGGUGAUAGGGAACCUCAAGAACAUCUCGAUGGCAUCCAGCAAGCUGUUGUUAGCUGCCAAGUCUCUCUCUGUAGAUCCAGGAGCCCCCAAUGCGAAAAACCUCCUAGCUGCAGCUGCCAGAGCCGUGACAGAGAGCAUCAAUCAACUCAUCACUUUGUGCACCCAGCAAGCUCCUGGCCAGAAAGAGUGUGACAACGCCUUGCGGGAGCUCGAGACUGUUAAGGGGAUGUUGGACAAUCCUAAUGAGCCUGUUAGUGACCUCUCUUACUUUGACUGCAUUGAGAGUGUGAUGGAAAACUCCAAGGUUCUGGGCGAGUCGAUGGCAGGGAUUUCACAGAAUGCCAAGACCGGAGACCUUCCUGCCUUUGGAGAGUGUGUGGGCAUUGCAUCCAAGGCUCUCUGUGGGCUGACAGAGGCAGCAGCUCAGGCUGCAUACCUUGUCGGAAUCUCUGAUCCAAACAGCCAGGCAGGCCACCAAGGCCUUGUGGACCCCAUCCAGUUUGCCAGGGCUAACCAGGCCAUCCAGAUGGCAUGCCAGAACCUGGUGGACCCUGGUAGCAGCCCAUCACAGGUUCUGUCAGCCGCCACAAUUGUCGCUAAGCACACCUCAGCCUUGUGUAACGCCUGCCGCAUCGCCUCGUCCAAGACAGCCAACCCAGUGGCCAAGAGGCACUUUGUCCAGUCAGCCAAGGAGGUCGCCAACAGCACCGCCAACCUGGUGAAGACCAUCAAGGCCCUAGAUGGGGAUUUCUCUGAAGACAACCGCAAUAAGUGUCGCAUCGCCACCGCACCCUUGAUCGAAGCCGUGGAGAACCUGACAGCAUUCGCAUCCAACCCUGAGUUUGUCAGUGUUCCCGCCCAAAUCAGCUCUGAGGGCUCCCAGGCACAGGAACCGAUCCUGGUCUCAGCCAAGACCAUGCUGGAGAGUUCGUCGUACCUCAUCCGCACUGCACGCUCACUGGCUAUCAACCCCAAAGACCCGCCCACCUGGUCUGUGCUAGCCGGACAUUCCCACACUGUCUCUGACUCCAUCAAGAGUCUCAUCACAUCUAUCAGGGACAAGGCCCCUGGACAGAGAGAGUGUGACUAUUCCAUCGAUGGCAUCAACCGGUGCAUCCGGGACAUUGAGCAGGCCUCGCUGGCAGCUGUCAGCCAGAGUUUGGCCACGAGAGAUGACAUCUCUGUGGAGGCCCUGCAGGAGCAGCUGACUUCCGUGGUCCAGGAAAUCGGGCACCUUAUCGAUCCCAUCGCCACAGCGGCUCGGGGAGAAGCAGCUCAGCUGGGACACAAGGUGACACAGCUGGCAAGCUACUUUGAGCCCUUGAUCUUAGCUGCAGUUGGUGUCGCCUCCAAGAUUCUGGACCAUCAGCAGCAGAUGACAGUGCUGGACCAGACCAAGACGCUCGCAGAGUCUGCUCUACAGAUGUUGUAUGCAGCCAAAGAAGGUGGAGGGAACCCCAAGGCACAGCACACGCAUGAUGCCAUCACGGAGGCUGCCCAGCUCAUGAAGGAGGCCGUGGACGACAUCAUGGUGACGCUGAACGAAGCUGCCAGUGAAGUGGGGCUGGUGGGAGGCAUGGUCGACGCCAUCGCAGAAGCCAUGAGCAAGCUGGACGAAGGCACUCCUCCAGAACCAAAGGGAACAUUUGUCGACUACCAGACAACUGUGGUGAAAUACUCCAAAGCCAUUGCCGUGACAGCUCAGGAAAUGAUGACUAAGUCGGUUACUAACCCGGAGGAGUUGGGAGGACUGGCUUCACAAAUGACCAGUGACUAUGGGCAUCUGGCUCUCCAGGGCCAGAUGGCAGCAGCCACGGCGGAACCAGAGGAGAUUGGCUUCCAGAUUCGCACUCGUGUGCAGGACCUGGGCCACGGCUGCAUCUUCCUGGUGCAGAAGGCGGGGGCCCUCCAGGUGUGCCCCACCGACAGCUACACCAAGAGGGAGCUCAUCGAGUGCGCCCGCGCAGUCACGGAGAAGGUAUCCUUGGUGCUGUCAGCUCUCCAGGCUGGGAACAAGGGGACCCAAGCAUGUAUCACGGCCGCCACUGCUGUGUCCGGGAUCAUUGCCGACCUGGACACCACCAUCAUGUUUGCAACCGCCGGGACCCUGAACGCAGAGAACAAUGAGACCUUCGCAGACCACAGGGAGAACAUUCUGAAGACAGCCAAGGCCUUGGUGGAAGACACAAAACUCCUGGUGUCGGGGGCCGCGUCCACUCCAGACAAGCUGGCCCAAGCAGCCCAGUCCUCAGCAGCCACCAUCACCCAGCUCGCCGAGGUUGUCAAGCUGGGGGCCGCCAGCCUGGGCUCUGACGACCCCGAGACCCAGGUGGUGUUGAUCAACGCCAUCAAAGACGUGGCCAAGGCCCUUUCCGAUCUCAUUGGUGCUACCAAGGGAGCUGCCAGCAAGCCCGCCGAUGACCCCUCCAUGUACCAGCUUAAGGGGGCUGCCAAGGUGAUGGUGACCAAUGUCACCUCCCUCCUCAAGACCGUCAAGGCAGUGGAAGACGAGGCCACCCGGGGCACACGGGCGCUUGAGGCCACAAUCGAGUACAUGAAGCAGGAGCUCACGGUGUUCCAGUCAAGAGAGGUACCUGAAAAGACAUCAUCACCUGAAGAAUCAAUAAGGAUGACGAAAGGCAUCACCAUGGCAACAGCCAAAGCCGUAGCAGCUGGGAACUCAUGUCGACAGGAGGACGUGAUCGCCACCGCCAAUCUGAGCCGGAAAGCUGUGUCCGAUAUGUUGAUGGCUUGCAAGCAAGCAUCCUUCCACCCUGACGUCAGCGAGGAGGUGCGUGCCAGAGCCUUGCGGUACGGGACGGAGUGCACCCUCAGCUACCUGGACCUUCUCGAGCACGUCUUGGUGAUUCUUCAGAAACCAACCCCGGAACUCAAGCACCAGCUGGCUACUCUCUCGAAGAGAGUCGCCGGCGCCGUGACUGAGCUCAUCCAGGCAGCGGAAGCCAUGAAAGGAACAGAGUGGGUGGACCCAGAAGACCCCACCGUCAUUGCAGAAACAGAACUUCUGGGGGCCGCGGCGUCCAUUGAAGCUGCUGCUAAGAAGUUAGAGCAACUGAAGCCAAGAGCAAAACCAAAACAAGCCGAUGAGACCCUGGAUUUUGAAGAACAGAUCUUGGAAGCUGCUAAAUCCAUUGCUGCUGCCACAAGUGCCCUGGUCAAAUCGGCCUCAGCAGCCCAGAGGGAGCUGGUGGCCCAAGGAAAGGUGGGCUCCAUCCCCGCCAAUGCUGCCGAUGACGGACAGUGGUCACAGGGACUGAUUUCUGCUGCCCGGAUGGUGGCAGCUGCAACCAGCAGUCUCUGUGAGGCAGCCAAUGCCUCCGUUCAGGGACAUGCCAGUGAGGAGAAGCUCAUCUCAUCUGCCAAGCAGGUUGCCGCUUCCACCGCUCAGCUGCUUGUGGCCUGCAAGGUGAAGGCCGAUCAGGACUCAGAGGCCAUGAGGCGGCUACAGGCAGCAGGAAAUGCUGUGAAAAGAGCCUCAGACAAUCUUGUUCGUGCGGCCCAGAAGGCAGCAUUUGGCAAAGCCGAUGAUGAUGAUGUUGUAGUGAAAACAAAGUUUGUAGGGGGCAUUGCUCAGAUUAUCGCCGCCCAGGAAGAAAUGCUGAAGAAAGAGCGAGAGCUAGAAGAAGCAAGGAAAAAACUGGCCCAGAUCCGCCAACAGCAGUAUAAAUUCCUACCCACCGAGCUGAGGGAAGAUGAAGGCUAAGGCCAGAGCCAAGACGGCAAGCCCCAGGGGGUGGCUCUGCAGGAACUGGCCAGUGCUCCUCAGAGGCUGGGCCCUCACCCGGAAGCGGCCUGCCUCCCCCUGGGGCCGGCCCAGAGCUCUGAGUGCUCAUUCUCACAUCUCUGUCCUGUUGGGCACCGGCUGCAUGAUAGUGAUGUCACACGGUACAGCGUCCCACCCACAGCCCCUCUGCCACCUCCCCUCAUGCCUCACCGUAUCUCAGGAGAGAGGGGCGCACAUUUCGUGGACUGUUACCAAAAAAGAGAAGUCAGUAUUAUGUCGUUCUCAGCCGCUUGUGCUUUUGUUGGUCCUUCUCUAGGCCUGUUCCUGGGCCUUUGUGAAAUCUUAAAAGGAGAAAAAUGAUGGCCUGAGGACAUCAUCGAUGCCACAGAUAUUCAAAGAUGCUCUUCUCCCUCUCAGGAGAAGGUGGAAGUUGGAGUUGAACACGGUUAAUAAAAGCCAGAAACAUAAACCAGUGUGGACUCCAGGAGGGCGCCUAGGGUCGUCCUUCUGUGUCUCGAGUGCUGGCUCGCCCAGAGGGUGAAAAAUUCCUGCUCCUGUUUGCACGCCUUCUUCCCUCUGUGUGUAAGCUCCCUGUACAAUCUAGACCCAUCUGUGUUCUGUGGCCCAGAAAAUUGAAUGAUUUUUUUUCCUCCAUAAUCCAAAGGGCAGAGGUAUGGGGGGGACUGUCAGGGCUUGGUGAGCAGGGGCUAUAAUAAAAUGUGUGGGCUCCUUACUUUGCA